AUGCUAAAUGGUUUGCUUUCUUUCCGAAAAGCCGUUGGUUUAGAAGCCAUUGUGUUACAUGGUGGUCCUCGGCUGCUAGAAGACUCUCAGCUACCUCUCUGCCAACCCUCUCCUGCUGCUGGAGGCAGUCGGGUCUGUAGCCUCUGUGACAGUCAGUGUAGUCUCUCUCUUUCCCUCUCUCUCUCUCUCUCUCUCUCUCUCUCUCUCUUUGGCGAUACACUGUAUUCUAUUUGUGGUUCGUUUCCAUUAACUGCAAAGAGGUGUGCAGCUUUGGCUGUGUGUGUAUUGACAUUUAUAACUGAUCUUGAAUUUACUUUCUCUUCUUUCCGUCUGUCCAGCAAGUUCACACCUUUGUCACCCUCACACACCCCACACACUAUAUCUCUCAGACAUUUCUCUCCUCGUUCUCUCUUUUCCUGUCAUUUUUUCUUUCUUUCCCUUGUCGUCCCACCUGUCUCUUUCUAUAUUUCUUGA